ACAUCUGCAGUCAGUGCAGACAUGGCAUUCACAUUCAUGUUGACUAUUUCUCCAUGUUCGUGAAUCAUUAUCCCCCGACUCAGUGCGCUGCGUAUGUUCAAAAGACGCCUUUGACACAGUGUUGCACUUGUGAAACUUGGCUUGCAGAUCAUGUCGCUAUCAAUAACCUGUUUCGUCAUGCGGAGCCUUGGAAGGUGUUAGACAAUUUCGCGGGAAAUAAUGACACUUCUCAUAGUCUCGACGUGAUCAACUUUUUCAACGAUGCCGUCAACGAUACAUUCACACCAUCCGCCAAUUCCGAUACCGACACCUUUUAUCACGACGCGAACCCCACCCCGAUCACUGCUGCACCUACUUUCCCCCUCAGUGCUCACCAUCCAUCACGCCCUUACAAUGAUGUGGGCAACAUCCCACUCGCUCCAUCCUCGCCCUCUCCUUCGGCCAGUAACACCCCAUCCGGUAUUCAAUCAGAUGACACUCAGGCCCAAGGGUAUCACUCAGACCAUUACUUCGUUCGAUACCCGGACCAUUUCAUGAACAAUCCCUAUGCUCAUCAGCCAGACGGCGGUGCCACGGGGGGGAGUUUCGAGCAUCACUACUAUUCGCCAAACACGAUGCACGGUGCGACGCCUGAGGCUGGGUCGGACUCGUAUAUCUAGUCCAUGACUACGACAGCUUCCUAAUUUUUUCUUCCAUUCUCCUAACCCUCG